AUGGUCGCAGACGACCUCCUAGAAGACUGCCUCCGAAUCCUUCAGGAUGAGGUCGAUGAAGAGGAGCAGGUGGAAAAGAUCGAGGACUUUUUACGCCAAAAGACCACCCUGUCUGGUCCUCCUCUGGAGAAUGCCGUGCUCGAUAUCCUCUGGCGCCAUCGGAACCGCACCCUCCCGGAUUCUUCCCCCCCCCCUCCUCGUCAUACGGUGAUCCGCCGCUCAUCGCCCGCUCCAUGGCAGAUGGCUCGGUCGUCCACACCUUUGUCCCCUCCGUCACAUCUGGGUACCAGUCCUGGCAGCACUUCCUGGUUUCCUGGUUCAAGAGGGAACUUUUCACGGCCUGCGCUCUCCUCGACUGUAUCUCCCUUCACUUCCCCGCGCCCAUCACCUCGACUCGCUCUCGCCCAGCCUAUUCCACAUUCCCCAAACCUGAACGCCUACGAGUUUUCCGACCAAAGUCAGGUGUCUGACUUCUACGGUGAUUUUGGCAAUGAUAGUAACGUGGAUUGGCUGGUUGCCGAUGACGCCAAUAGCACAACCUCAUCUGUGGGAGGCCUCAGUGCGUCUGGGGCUCUUAGUGCCACGGCUCCUGAAUUUGUUCCUGAUAUGAGCCCACACGACAUCCUACGCACUGUGUUGGGAGACAGAAGGACCAAUGAGGAGAUUGAAACUGCUCUCGAGGCAAAUAGUUACGACCUAGGAGCUACCAUCGCAUCCCUCUCACAAGAUCAGGAUGUGGAUGCCUUCUCCCAGCAGGUCGAUGACAGUCGUAUUGUUGUUGGAAAGUCAAUGGCUAUGGAUCAAGCACGAGCAGCUACCUCGCCAAGCCAUAACCGCAGCCCUGUCGUGUGUAAAUAUUGGCUGUCUACCGGACAGUGUCUACGUGCAGACUGCCGUUUUAGUCAUGACCUCACAAAUCACGUCUGCAAGUAUUGGAUUAUGGGCAAUUGUCUUGCAGGGGAUGGGUGUCCAUUUUCUCAUGACCCUUCGACUCUUGUCGCGGGUCUCAGCGUGGGAGACGGCACAGGCUCCGUUCCUUCGGGAUCACCGUUCCCUAUGGACACCGCCUCUGAGGCCUUCCCUCCGCUGCAGUCAACUGGGGGCAUGGGAGAUCAAUGGGCUAAUCAGUUCCUUCCCAAGUAUCCUGCUUCUCAUCUAUCACCCCUCAUGGGAACUAGCAAGCCUGUUUCCCCGUCCAUGCAGUUUAGUACUGGUAGACGAAAUGGGAACAUGACCCAUGCAGUUCGUCCUCAUUCCCGGCCAACAAGCCGACACCAAAAUCGCGAAUUAAACCCAGCUGCUCCUUCUGUGGAUGACCCAGAUGCUUUUCCCACUCUCGGCGCAGUCAGUGCAAGGAAUACAGGGAAGAAGAACGGCAAACGUGGUUCGCACAAUAACCGCGAAAAUACCUCCAGCAAAGAUUCCCUUCCUACCUCUCUAGCGGAUGUCGUCCGUAUGUCUCCGUCCCCAGCAGCCGGCAAGGGCAAGCCUUCGUCCAAACACGGCAAAGAAACCAAGGGCCGUGAAAACAGCGCUGCCGCCCAGUCUAUUCCAGCUCCGCAGAAUAUUCCUUGGCUCGAAACAGGCUCGCGGGCCAACCAACAGUAUAUCAAGUACCGCACUGAAGCCAUUCGACACGGCACAGUGAGGAACAAGUUCUUGCAAAGUGCUGCCCAAGCCUGGAACCGUAACGAUGCGAGAGCCGCAAAAGCUCUGUCCAUUCGGGGUCAGGCAGAAAAUGAAGCCAUGCGCAAAUGCCAUCGAGAAGCCGCGCGGCAAUUAUACGAAGAGCGUAACCAGCACCUUCUAACUUCUGGCCUCGAUGACACUUCUGAAGAGCUCUAUGUCGAUUUGCAUGGCCUUCACCCCGAAGAAGCAAUUGAAUACUUGGAGAAGAUUCUCCUUAAGCACGCUCGCGAGGGCCGACGCGUUCUCUAUGCCAUUACGGGAACUGGUCAUCAUUCCAAGAAUGGAAAAGACAAAAUUGGCAAGGCAGUCAAGGCUUGGCUCAACGAGUGGAAGUAUCUGUUCCGGGAGUUUAGCGUGCCUGGUGAAAGGGGUGGAUAUGUUGGUGGGAUCCUAGGAAUUGAUCCUACUAGCUAUGAUAAGGCGCUUGCCAAAAGCAUAGAGGAUGAUAAAGCUGCAAGCGGCAGCGGAAACUCUCCAGUCAUGACUAUGGGCAAGAUCCAGCUCCUGAAGCGCGAAGACUUGGAGUCAACCGCUCAGUAA